AUGGAAAAACAAAAGGAAUUGGAAUUGAAGGUACAGGAAGGGAUUGGAAAAACAGGAAUGGAUGAGGGUAAACAGGAUGGAAAAGAGGAAUUGAUUGAGGGAAGAGGGAAAACAGGAAUUGAUGAGGGUCCAGGAAGAUGGAAAACAGGAAUUGAUGAUGGUACAGGAAGAAUAGAAGAGAGGAAUUGUAAUGAGAGGGUACAGGAAGAUGAAAACAGAAUUGAUGAGGGUACAGGAGAUGGAAAAACAGGAAUUGAUCGAGGGUACAGGAAUAUGGAAAACAGGGAAAGGAAUGGAGGGAAUGGAUGGAAGGGUUACAGGAAGAUAGAAGAGGAAUGGGAUGAAGGCAAGGAAGAUGGAAAACAGGAAUUGAUGAAGUGGGUACAGGAGAUGGAAAAAGGAAUUGAUGGAAAGGAAGAUGGAAAACAGGAAUUGAUGAGGGUACAGGAAGAUGGAAAAGAGGAAUGGAUGAGGGUACAGGAAGAUGGAAAACAGGAAUUGAUGAGGGUACAGGAAGAUAGAAAAGAGGAAUUGAUGAGGGUACAGGAAGAUGGAAAACAGGAAUUGAAUUGCAGGGACAAGGAAGAUGGAAAACAGAAUUGGAUGAGGGUUACAGGAAGAUGGAAAAACAGAUUGAUGGAGGGUUACAGGAAGAUGGAAAAAAAAGGAAUUGCUGAGGGGGGUACAGGAGAUGGAAAACAAGGAAUGUGA